CGUUGCGCCUGCGCGGUGCGGCCCGCCGGAAGGGGCGGGGCCUGCUGCCAAGAUGGAGCUGGUGCAGGUCCUGCGGCGGGGGCUGCAGCAGGUCACCGGCCACGGCGGCCUCCGCGGCUACCUGCGAGUUUUCUUCAGGGCCAAUGAUGUGAGGGUUGGGAAAUUAGUGGGUGAAGACAAAUAUGGAAAUAAGUACUACGAAGACAACAAGCAGUUUUUUGGUCGUCACCGAUGGGUCAUAUACACUACGGAAAUGAACGGCAAGAACACCUUCUGGGACGUGGACGGAAGUAUGGUGCCCCCUGAAUGGCACCGUUGGCUUCACUGUAUGACUGAUGAUCCUCCAACAGAAAAACCACCAAUUUCUCGCAAAUUUAUUUGGACGAACCAUAAAUUCAACGUGAGUGGCACUCCAGAACAAUAUGUACCUUAUUCCACCACCAGAAAGAAGAUUCACGAAUGGGUCCCACCAUCUACACCUUAUAAGUAAAGAUAAUGACAGAUAAUUGAACAUGUAAAAUAAGGAGCUUUUCAUCAUGUACUUGUACUUCUGUUGUUGAUUAACUUGAUUAAAGUUGUUUCAUUGUAAUCUUGUCUUUUGUGCCUUUUAUUUAAUUUUUGCCAUGAACUUAGUCUUUCAUCAGUUGCAAAAUAGAAUCUCACAGGCACAGGAGUUAAAAUUAACUACUGACAUGACUGCCUGGUUAGCAGCCCCCAGCACUGGUGU